CAGAAACAAUUUGUAUAUGAACACUAAACCGGCUCAUGUGCCUAAGAGCUGUUUUCAUAAUCGUGACAGCGGCACUACUCCAGCAUCAAAAGACACUUAGGAUUCAUCUUGGAAAACUUUACCCAGCACCGAAGCUGUAAAUUAAAGCUGCUGAAGCUCGUAAGUUACAAAAGAAGCAGGAGCCAAAUAACGGGAGCGGGUCUCCAGCCACAGCUUCCCCGGCUUUUUUCUUUUUAUAUCACAGAAAGACCUCUGAAUAAUUUCUUCAUAGGAAAGAAAGCAAAAAGAACUGGACUGAAGUUUGAGGUCAUUUCCGCGGAACAAAAACUUUUGGGGAUGACUGAUUUGUGAACGAAACCCACCGGGACACCCCCAGGAAGUUGUUCCAUCGUAUUCAGCUCCGACAAAAGAAAAGCCGAAACAAAGAAGAAGAAGAAAUAGAAGAGGAAAAAGAAGAAAUAACUCCCUGCACUGCCAUGGAUCAAGGAAAGCAAAUAACGCUUCCAUUGUUGAUGAGUGUUGGAACUGCGGUGAUUGGCUCCCUGCAGUUUGGCUACAACACAGGUGUUAUCAACGCCCCCCAGGAGGUUAUUGAGAACUUCAUCAAUCAAACGUGGUAUCACCGUUACAAUGAGCCCAUUCCCAAAAACUCCCUGACAGCUGUGUGGUCCAUCGCUGUUUCUGUCUUCUCUGUCGGUGGCAUCUUUGGUUCAUUCUCAGUAGGACUCUUUGUUAACCGCUUGGGAAGGAGGAACUCUAUGCUCAUGGCCAAUAUUCUGGCUUUUAUCUCGGCCGUUCUGAUGGGUUUUUCAAAGAUGGCAAAGUCGUGGGAAAUGCUCAUCGUUGGCCGUUUUGUGGUUGGGCUGUACUGUGGCCUCUCCACAGGUUUCGUGCCCAUGUAUGUGGGUGAAAUUUCCCCAACAGCCCUACGAGGAGCCCUGGGCACGCUACACCAGCUGGGCAUUGUCAUUGGAAUCCUCAUUGCACAGAUAUUUGGAUUGGAAGUGAUCAUGGGAAACGAGAACUUGUGGCCUCUCCUCCUGGCUUUCCUCUUCAUCCCUGCUGUGAUACAGUGCGUCCUGCUGCCUCUCUGCCCAGAGAGCCCCCGAUUCCUGCUCAUCAACAAGAACGAAGAGAACAAGGCCAAAUGCGUGCUGAAGAAGCUCCGGGGCACCACUGAUGUGAGUGCUGACAUGCAGGAAAUGAAGGAGGAGAGCCGGCAGAUGAUGAGGGAGAAGAAGGUGACCAUCCUGGAGCUUUUCCGCUCGCCCCUCUACCGUCAGCCCCUGCUCAUUGCUGUCAUGCUGCAGCUCUCCCAGCAGCUGUCUGGUAUUAACGCUGUUUUCUACUACUCCACUAGUAUCUUUGCGAAAGCUGGAGUUGAGCAGCCCGUUUAUGCGACCAUUGGAGCCGGUGUGGUUAAUACAGCUUUCACUGUGGUGUCGCUGUUUGUCGUAGAACGAGCAGGACGCAGGUCUUUGCACCUACUGGGGCUGCUGGGAAUGGCUGGAUCAGCCAUCCUCAUGACUAUUGCUAUGGCUCUGCUGGAGCAACUCAAAUGGAUGUCUUAUGUAAGCAUUGUAGCCAUUUUUGCCUUCGUGGCAUUCUUUGAGAUCGGGCCGGGUCCCAUCCCUUGGUUCAUCGUGGCAGAGUUGUUCUCACAGGGACCCAGGCCUUCAGCCAUUGCUGUCGCUGGUUUUUCCAACUGGACUGCAAACUUUAUAGUGGGAAUGGGCUUCCAGUAUGGUGCGAGCGCGUGCGGUCCCUACGUCUUUGUCAUCUUCACUGUGCUACUGGUCAUAUUCUUCAUCUUCACUUACUUCAAAGUGCCAGAGACCAAGGGCCGGACAUUUGAUGAUAUCGCGGCCGGCUUCCGUCAGACUGCUGCCAUGGCAGAGAAGCACACACCGGAGGAGCUCAACAGCCUGGGAGCCGAUUCGCAGCUCUGAGCGUCUGGGACUGAACUUUCCAACAAACUCUUUCUCAGAUCAACAGCAAAGAAGAGUCUGCUGACUAGAAGUAGACGGAUACACUAAUAGUAUAUUCUUCACACUGUCACCACAUUUCAGGUGUCCUCAUCACCAAACAGAACAGACCUGUGUGAUUUGCUCUGCCACGACGUCUUCUGCUGCUGCUUUCAUGUCACACAUAGAAACGAGAACUCGAUGGGCACCGCGUCGCCUGGCAGAAAAUAUACAGAUGAGAGAUUAGAUGGUGGGGAAGGUUUUAAUAUUUUUAAAGAUAUUUUUACAGAAGGAAAAGCCGAGUCUGCAAUCAACUGGCCUCUUUUAACAUCUUUUUUUCCCCCUCACUAAAUAUUUUACUGAUAUGUGCUGUUCUGUCACCUGUUACAGUGAUUUUUUUGCGACUAUCUGGUUAAAGAGCGCUGUAGCUUAAGUUCACUGUGCAAAAAAUGUCUUUUUUAAAUGAUCAUACUGUAUUGCUGUGUUACUGUACACUCUGGCACUGUUGAUGCUGUACAACUUGACUAUGUCACUCCACCAGAUGGGGCACUGCCCUUAGAAAAAAGUCCCAAUACUCUGCUGAAAAGUAAUAAGUUAUUUAUGUGUCUUUUACCGAGAACGUUACUGCAUACAAAAACUGUGAUAUUUGGGUGUGAGAUGAUGAGAAUGUUAAUUUUUGCAUGAUGAAAUUUAAAUUAGCAACAACUCUUCACAAAUUAUACAUAUAUGUAACUACUACUCUUUUUACUCUUUGUUGGUAGAAAACUAUAGAACAAUGUAUUUUUUUGUACAAUAUUUUUGCUCAUGAGGAAAUGAUAUCUAGAUAAAUAUGCAAAAAGAACCAAAAUUUAUUCUCCAUUCCUGUAUUUAUUUAUCUUUUUACACCAUUCCUUUUUCAAAGUUCAAAUGAAGAAAUUGGAAAUAGGGAACAGUAUCUACACAGAUCACUACCAGAGAGCUAAACUUGGCAGUAAUGUUGAAUACAUAAAUCAUCCAUCCAUGACAUAAGUGCCCACUCGCAAUCAGCAGCCACAAAACCAAAAGUCUGCCCCACAAAACCCAGAAAAUGUGUCCGUUUAAGUGCCUGUCUAAUACAACCAUCAGUCUUUCAGCCUUUGGUACAGCUUCAGGUUAGACUAACCUGAUCCAGACAGAGAGCUUCUUCUCUCUCGGUGUAGGAUCUUCUCUCUCUGUAUCUUUGUGGUGAGAUUACCUCCUGAGCUAACAUAGUCUGGUGAAUUGGCUUCAGAGCUGUCAUGCAUUCGAGUGUUACAUGCUGUUAUUCAGUGACAAACAAACGUUUUUUCAUAAAAACAAAA